AUGAGUGUUGUAACAACUUCAUCAUCUUCAACAACACUUUCAACAACAACAAUAUUAUUAAAACAAAUAAUUAAUAAUACUUAUUUAUUUAAAUGUAUUAUACAACAAGUACACAAGAUACAUCUGGAAUUGGGUAGAAGAAGAAUAUUUAGAUACAGUGAACUCAAUGCAAGAUGGUUGAUCAAUAAGAGAUUGUAUCAUAUCUUUGAUGAAAAGAUUAGAAAUGAUCCUCAUUUCUAUUUGUCUCGUGAUGAAGUUAUUUUGUUUAUGGCUGAUAAUACAUCACUCGAUAGGUUUAAAAGGGUGCUUGAACAUGACCCUCGGGCAAUCUAUUCGACCGGGUUAUUAAUGGACAGAGCAGUGUCAACUGGUUCAUUGGAUAUUGUUAAAUACAUAUUCAAUGAUAUCCUACCAUCACAACCAUACCAACUAUGGAUCAAGAAAUCAACAGCCUAUCUAAAAGAUCUAACCUCUAAAGCAAAUGAAGUACAUACAAGAAAACCUCAAAACUUUAUUGAUAUUGGUCCUUCUACUAUUGCUAGUGCAGCAAACUCUGGAUACUUUGAAAUGGUUGAAUAUUUAGUAGAGAAUAUUAAAUUGGAUAACGGAUGUAGUUCAUUGGCAUAUUAUAUGUGUGCCAAAGGUGGAUAUUUGGAUAUACUAAAGUAUCUAUUAGAGUAUUAUAAACCAAAGUUUGAAAAGAAUGAUACUGCUCCCAAUACAUUGUCGGUCGUUGAUUUGUACGAACAUGCUUGUCACGCUGCCAAGCUGUCAUUACUCGAAUACUUGGUUGCAUCGGUCCCCCAACCCCCCAAUAUGUGGCGUAUGGUUGCUUCCUCCAUCUCUAGUCAGAAUAUUGCAUUGGCCAGCGACCAACCACCAAACAAUCAUCUAGAUUAUUCAAUGGAUUCGGCAGUUAGAACUGGAUCAAUGACCAUUGUUCAGUUGGUAUUUAAUAUAAUUCGUAGAGUGCUGCCCGAGUUUAUUAUACCACACUCUGCAUCGACCGUAUCUGCCUCCAAGGGAAUGUUUGACAUUUUAAACUAUCUCGUUGACAAUGGGUGUCAGUUGUCGGACAAUGCUAUGGCGUUGGCUGCCGAACACGGACAUGAAGAGAUUGUUCGAUACCUUCAUCAACGUAUUCAACCGUUCAACAUGUCCAUGUUGGUCGAUGGCGCCGCGGCACAUGGUAGUUUGGCAAUUGUCAAAUUCCUCACAGAGAGUGGGUACAGUGCGUCACCGCUAGCACUCAACUCUGCCGCGACCCACGGGCAUCUCUCGGUUGUCAUGACAGAGGGUGCAACACAACAGGCUUUUAAUUGGGCUAGCGGUAAUAACCGUCUUGCAGUGUUGGACUUUUUACACAAAAGACAUACAAGGUUGUGUCUACAAACACCGAGCAGGACUAUUGCAGACCUCAUGUCUGACGAUGCAUUGCAGGGCGCAGUUAGGUCUGGUCACAAACAAACUUCACAAUAUAUUUUGGAUCAUUUCAGACACGAAUGUAAUCUAAUCGACUGUACAAUGAUUGCAUUUUCAAAUGGUAAUUUUCAUAUUAUGGAUUUAAUAGAUCAUAAUAAUCCUUUAAUUAUUUUUUCAAAUCAUCAACAACAAAAAAAGAUUAAUAUUAAUACGAUUGAAAGUAAUAAUAAUAAUAAUGGUAUAGAUAAUAAUAAUAAUAAUAAUAAUAAUAACAAGAGGAAUAGAAAAAAAAAAAAGGAUUAUUGUCAAAAUUUAAAUCACUUUUUUGAAUGGAUCAAUAGCAUACAAUAUUUUAAAGAACAUCAUGCAGAAACAGUAGAUGAUUGUUGUUGUGAAAUAACAAUGAUCGACAAAGCAAACUUGGAUCUAAACUCUGUGUUGAAUCAAGUCGUUAAAACAAGAUUCUUUAAAUAUUUUAGAGUAAAUCUAUUUGCAGAAUGUCCAUUUUGGGUAGUAACAACAUUAUGUGGUAUGGAUGGUGGAUGUGGUGUAUGCGAAUGUGACGACAAUGAAAUACCAUUGCCUUGGAGAAUCGAAGAUCAUUCUAGUGAUCGUGUCAAUCUAUCUCCUCCACCACAAGGUUUCACAAGAUGGAAGGACAGAAAAGAGGAUAUGUGGGUCAUUCCUUACGGACCUGACUCAGAUACAAGUUAUGUUAAUCUGGAUGAUACUCCAGAAUCUUUCACAGGUUAUGAUGGAAGUUCUGUUUGGAGAUCUAUUUAUAAUGAAAAUUGUUUUACAAUUAUCGAUUGUAAAACAAAUAGGUUAUAUUUCUUACUAACAAACAAAAACAGGGCUGUUGGUAAGAUUGGUCCAUUCCUCACAGAUUAUAAAUUUAAUACUGGACACGAAGUUGAUGAUGGAACCACAUAUGCCUUGGUACAACAGUUGCUCAAAACAAAUUUAUUGUGCAAUCCAAGUUUUGAUGAAACUUUAUUAUUUAAAGAUACAUAUGAUAAGGAGAAUUUAAUUACACAAUUUAAAGGUCAUUUUCAAAAUAUUAGUUCCAUCUUGAACUGCGUAACAUGCGAAAAAUGUAAACUAUAUGGAAAGAUGCAAACGUUGGGAUUGGGAACUGCAUUAAAGAUCCUAUUUGAUGAAGAUCAAUCAUCACUACAGAGAAAUGAAAUUAUUGCACUCAUCAAUACUCUCCGCCAACUCUCAAACUCUAUUACAUUUAUCAAAGAACUGACUAAAAACUCAGACUUUGAUGUUCACCGUCACUAUCAUCCAAAUGGUGAUUCUCAGAUAUCAGAAUUCAAACAAAAAGAAAAUGAAGUAACAAAACAAGAGGAAGAAGAGGAAGAAGAAACCAUAUCUAAAAAUCUUGGGCCAACAUCUCCGUCUUGGAGUCAAAUUCUUCUCAAAAACAAAUAUAUAAAGCAGUCAUAUCUCUGGAUAGUGGAUAAAACCGGCCAAAUGACUAGAUCACAAAUAAUUCUAUUGGCAUUGAUGACUGUCAUGUCUAUAGCCCUCAUUGUAAACCCUUUACCAAAACCACCCAAAAAGAAAAAACAAAAAUCAAAACAAAAUAAUAAUAAUAAUAAUAAUAAUAUUAAUAAUAAUAAUGAUAAUAUUAAUGAUGAUCAUGAUAAUAGCCAUAGAAAAAAUAAUAAUAAUAAUAAUAAUAAUAAUUAUCAUCAACUAAGAGAGAGUCGUAGUAUUACAACAAUGUCUAUUAAAGCAGCAACCAACACCAACAACACCAACAACAAGCAAUUUUGGGAAGAAGAAGAGGAAAAGGCAAACGAUGAAACCUAUAAAACAGCCAUAAAGACUACCAACUUUAUCGAUGACGAUGGAGCUUCCUUUGCAAACAACUCAAAGUCUCAUGUUGUUGGUUGGGAUAACCAAGGAGAUUUGACCUCUGGUUGGGGUAUCGAUCCAUUCGAGAGAAAGAAGAGUCAAUCAUUGGGUUUGGAUUACCAAGAAGACAACAGCAAUGCUAUUGCUCACCAUCAACAACAACAACAACAACAAGUUGUACAACAACAACAACAAGCCACCUACAGAUUGCCACCUUCCAACAAGGCACAUCUCAAGCUCAGUGAAUUGUUGCUCGAAAUGAAGGAGGAAGAAGAAAACUUCCCAGCUGAACAAAUAGCAACACAAAAUGCUGCCGACAAUGAAGAAAAGGAUACUCACGAGGAAACCUUGUCUGCUCCACUCAAGAUCCAAGCAAAGCAAACCGCUCCAACCUUCUAUCAACCUCUUACAUCAAAGAAUAUAGCUACAAAGACAGAAUCAACCUCGUCAAUUAACAACAACAACAACAACACCAACACCACCACUGCUUCAGGAGCUGCCACAAAGAAAAAGAGUGCAUCAGCACCAAUUUCUCACGAAAAGAAAAAGGCAUUGUUGCAUACCAAUCAAUAUUCAAACUUGAAAUUCGAUGAUGACGAUCAUGAAGAGAAGGUCAAGGCCUCCACCUCUUCAGCAGUAACUACUCAAUCAUCUCAACAAAAGAAAAAGAAUGACAAAUCAACACCAAAGCAAUCAACUCCAACUCCAACCCCAACACCAGUUCCAGCUCCAGCUCCAGCCCAAACCAAGCAACAACCAAAACCACAAGCCGAACCAUCCAAACAAAAGGAUACCAAGCCACAACAAUCAACUGCCACCGCCUCCAAACAACAAAAAGAAAAGACGCCAGUUGCACCUGUACCAACACCAAAAGCACAAGCAACCCCAGUCGUUGAACCUGCCAAAAAGAAUGAACAACCAGAGAUCAAAAAGAAAAAGACAUCCAAACCUGCUACCACUGCUACUGCCACCACUACCCAGACCUCCAACAACAAAAAGAAAUCCAGCAGCUCCAAACAAAUCCAACAAUCAUCAUCUUCCUCUUCAUCUACCAAGACCGUUGUCGCCAUUGUUGCUGUUUUAUUGGUACUUGCUUUAGCCUUCAAAUUUAAUGAUAUCAUUUCUCUUGUUCAAUAA